AUGAAUUACCAGACGUGGGAUAACUAUAGACUCAUAAAUGAGUUUUCAAAUAGCUUUAUAUUAAACUCUGUUUUAUCAUUUUUGCUAAUUGACAUAUCAAUUUAUUGGUUUCAUAUUCUAGAACACAAAACAAAUAUAUUUUGGGCUUUCCAUUUACCCCAUCAUUCAUCAGAUUAUUAUGGCCUUCAAUUAGCACUAAGACAGAGUAUCAUUGUUUAUUUUGUAUUUUGGAUACCAUUCAUUUUUUAUAUGCCUUUCUUGGUACACCCAUAUUACUUUUCACUAUAUUUUUAUAUUAAUAGAUAUUUAGCAUUUUUUUCACACACAAGGAUGUUAAGUGGUAUUAAUAUAAAGUAUUUAGAUUUAAUUUUGGUAACACCAAGUGUUCAUGAAAUUCAUCAUGCUAGUAACAAGGAAUAUAUAGAUACAAACUUUGGUUCAAUUUUAAUCAUAUGGGAUAGAAUAUUUGGUACUUUUCAAGAUGAUAUAGGAAUUAAAAUAGAACUUGGGAUAAGCGGUAUACCAAAUGCAUCAAACACAAUGGAUUGGAUAAACUUUAACCAUUUUGGCCAUAUGUAUAGAAUAUCAAAAAGAUUAAAGGGUUUACACAAAUUAAAGGUUUUAUAUAAAUCACCAGGAUGGUUACCAGAACAUCAAUAUGAUGAAAAAGAUUUGCAUCCAAAAGAUAAAAGUAUUUCAAAACAACCUGUCAAAACCAUUGCAAAGAAAAAGGAACCCAAUAGUGUUCUUAGUUUUAUUAUGUCUUUUUAUUUACUCUCUGAAACAGCUCCAGCCAUAGCACUACUAUUUGCCAUGGGUCAUUUAAAGUAUUAUUUUUCAAAUAUGGACUAUGUAAAAAUAAUGGUAUUAUUUUUAACUCAAAUUCUAUUUGUAUCUUUUAACCUAGAAAAUAAUAAUAAUAACCCAAUCAUAAGAAAAGGCCAAAAUAGCAAUAAGAAGCAAUCUUUUUUCGGAGUAUUCAAAUUAUUUUCAAUCUUUCAACUAAUCAGAUUGUUUAUAACUUUAUAUUAUUUUUAUACAUAUAUAAUUUAUGACACCAAUGAUAAUAAUAUCAUUUAUAUAUUUAAUUUUUUGUUUUAUUAUACCGCUGCACAAAUUUUAUUAUGGUUAUACUCAAUCAACACAUCAUUUUAUAAUAUUAUAUAUUCAAAAUAAUAAAAUUGGGAAAAUUAAAAUCAAAAAUCAAAUAAAAUUGGGAAAAUUUAAAAUCAAAAAUCAAAAAUUUAAUAAAAUUUUAUUAUUGAACUGACCAGGUAUCGGUAAUUAAAACC